UUCGAAUACAACUGGAGGCAAGUGUUGCAUUACAAUAACAUUUAAAUGCUCACCACAGUGUCUGGUGCGUUUCCCCUGCCGCACGUAACGAUAUCUGUGCCGUGUUUAUUCACUUGCGGUUCGCUUGUUUUGAUGGUAUGCGUUGUGGUGGAUUUCGUUUUUGAUGGACAACCUAACCUCAAAAAUAUCAAAACAAAAGCCAUCGAAAAGAAUGUUAGUUUACCUGCGAUGAGUUAGUUCGAUUUUAUGUUGCAUUCGUUUUAGUUUUCUGCGAAUUAUUUUUUUUGUUGUUUUUCAAUUUGAGUUUCAUUCGGUUUUAGUCGUACAUUCUUGAUGUGCCGCUAACAAUAUUGUGAUCCGAAAACAUAAUAAACAUUUAGUAAAUAUCAGCUGGAAUUUUGUACGGUUUUGCCCGACAACAAUGAGCACGCUCAAAGAUGUAUCGAUCAUUGUUAAAUGGAAUGGUAAGGAAUAUCCAGUCACGGAUCUCAGCGACCAAGAAACGGUGGCCGUGCUCAAACACGAAAUUGCCAAGCUCACCAAUGUUCGGCCCGAACGACAAAAGUUACUUAAUCUCAAACAUAGAGGCAAAAAUGCUCCCGACGAUUUACGGUUAAGUGCUUUAGAAUUGAAACCGAAUUUCAAGCUAAUGAUGGUGGGAUCGCUUGAAGCGGACAUUCAAGAUGUGCAGAACACAAUCGAUAAUCGCGAUGUCAUCGACGAUUUUGAUGACGACAACGAUGAACGAACCACGUACAAUUUCCACAAAAUGGAGAUUUAUCUGACGAAAGUCGAGAAGCGUGUGCGUUCGUACAAAAUCCAGGAGUUGAAUCCACCACGUGAAUCGAAACGUUUAUUAGUGCUAGAUAUAGAUUAUACAUUGUUUGAUCAUCGUUCGUGUGCUGAAACGGCAGCCGAAUUGAUGCGACCGUAUCUGCACGAAUUUUUGACAUCGGCUUACGAAGAUUACGAUAUUGUGAUUUGGUCGGCCACGGGCAUGAGAUGGAUUAACGAGAAAAUGCAAAUGUUAGGUGUGGCAACAAAUGCAAAUUACAAGAUACUGUUUUACCUGUGCAGUUCGGCAAUGAUUAGUGUUUAUCACAGUGAAUUGGGUGCAUUGGAUGUGAAGCCGCUUGGUGUCAUUUGGGGCAAAUACAAGCAGUAUUCGGCCAAAAAUACCAUCAUGUUUGACGAUAUACGCCGUAAUUUCCUAAUGAAUCCACAGUCUGGUUUGAAAAUUCGGCCAUAUCGCCAGGCUCAUCUCAACCGACAAAAGGACACCGAAUUGCUCAAGCUGAAGAAAUACUUGAAAGAUAUUGCCACCAAUUGUGAUGACUUUACCAAGUUGUCGCAUCGCAAAUGGGAAAAAUACAAUCCAAAAUCAUCCUAAACGAUUCCGUUACUUACAUUCAAAACAAAGCUGCGUAUUGCUUUUGCUCAUUCAUUCAUUCUCACUGUCGGCCGAAAGCACAAACAAAAUCCCAAGUAUUCAGUAUCAUCAAACACAAAGUGUUUUAUUAUUUUUCUUUUUUGACAUUUUACAAUUUUAAAAACAAAUAAAAUGGAAAAUGAUCUGUGAAAAAUGAAUACAAGUUUAAAAUAAUAAAAAAUAAUAAUAAUAAUAACCGUCAUCAUUAAAAUAA